AUGAAUAAACAAAGCUGUCUGAAAGAACAUUACUUUGAAAAAUUCUUAUAUGGAAGUGGAAACGAUCAUAUUUCCAUGCCUAUCUCUUCACAUCAAGAACCACAAAUUAAUAGCCAUGAAUUUACAAAUUAUCGCAAGGCACUUUCUUUACUAAUUAAUGAAAAUCCAGAUUUUUCGUCUCUUAAUAAAACUCAAUUGAUGGAAAAUGUACCCGAAAAUUAUGAUUGGAUUGGAAAUGGAAGCAACGAAAUUGACAGUGGUAUUGUUCCUUCAAUUAUUGAUUCGAUUAUCGAGAAAGAAGUUAAUAAAAGACUUCAGCAAUCACAAUCAUUUGUUGAUGAUGAAUAUGAUAUCACAGAACAGCCAGAUUUAAGUCUUUUAUUUAAUUAUGCUAAAGAAACAGCUGCGAAUCUUUCGGCACCAAUAAAUGCAAAUAAAGGAGCUGAAAUACAACAAUUAAUUAUGUCGAAGCCAGAUCAAUCUUCAGGUUGCCUUACAACAAGUUACAAUAAGUAUAAUCAUAAUGGAAAUGGAUUCGAAGAAUUUUCUGAAGGUUUAGUUACGUCAGGAAAGCGAGGAUUUAAUGAUUCAAGCGUUGAUAACCAAACGUUUUCCAAUUAUAAUAAUAACAAUUGCGAAGACGAGGAUGAAGAUUUUCAACAAAGUUCAUUUAUCAGUGCUAAACAACAAUUGAAUGUUAACAAUCAAAAAAAAAGAUGUCACACACCACAAAACCGACGAGGACAACGUUCUGCUAAUAAAAAUUAUCUACCAGGAACAUUCAAAAAGAAAUUGCCGUCAAAUCAAGAUCAUAAGUUACCUAAAUUCGUGUCUCCGUUGUUAGGAACGAAAAUGUAUAACGGAAAUAAAAAUUCUACAAAGCGAAAUAAACUCAAUCCUAAUAUUGAAAGUGACGAAGAAAGACUAAAAAAUAUUGAUCCAAAAAUGAUUGAAAUGAUACAAAAUGAGAUCAUGGAUCGGUCUCCAAAUAUUACUUGGAAUGAUAUCGCUGGAUUAGAACACGCGAAAAAAACGAUUCAAGAGGCUGUAACAUGGCCAUUGUUGAGACCUGACAUUUUUACAGGAUUAAGGAGUCCACCUAAAGGGUUAUUAUUGUUUGGUCCUCCAGGGACGGGGAAGACUUUAAUUGGAAAGUGCAUUGCUAGGUACUAUAUUUUCUAUCAGAAAGCUUGCGUUAAUAGAAAUCUUUGGGUAGAAAUUGGAAUCGAUCCAACUCUUGCAGUUAAGAUUUAUCAUAUUGCCUUGAAUAAUAUUUUCAAAGUUGAAAUCUCUAAUGAUCAUUUUCAUUGUAGCUCCUCAUCGUUGACUUCAAAAUGGGUUGGAGAUGGUGAAAAAAUGGUUCGAGCUUUGUUCGCGGUUGCAAGAGUAAAUCAACCUGCUGUAGUUUUCGUGGAUGAAAUUGAUUCGUUACUAACACAAAGGACUGAUGGAGAAUAUGAGUCAUCAAGACGGAUCAAGACCGAAUUUCUUGUUCAAUUUGACGGUGUUAAAACUGCGAGCUUAGAGGAAGAUCGAAUUCUUGUUGUUGGUGCAACAAAUAGACCACAAGAAAUUGAUGAAGCAGCGCGACGUCGAUUUCGUAAGAAACUUUAUAUUCCUCUACCAGAGAAUGAGGGAAGAUUUACAAUUGUGAAGAAUUUGUUAUCAAAACAAAAGCAUCUUUUAACAGAUGAGCAAAUCCGUGAUAUCUGUGGGAAAACAGCGGGAUAUUCCGGAUCCGAUAUGGACGGACUUUGUCGAGAGGCUGCAUUGGGACCUAUACGCAUUAUAGGUGAUAUUAGGACGAUUUCAGCUGACGAAGUUCGUCCGAUAAAUUAUCAAGAUUUUCUAGAUGCAAUAACUCAAGUACGAGCAAGUGUUAGUGAUCGUGACCUGGAAUUAUAUCAAAGAUGGAAUCAAGAAUAUGGCAGCUUAUCAUAA